UUUGGCAUUUUUCCUGCUUAGGGCAGGUUUCCCACAUCUGUUGUUUCAGUCCUGAGGUUCUCCACAGGAAGAGAAGGCAACUGACUUAAAGGGACUAAAAGGCAAGGAUUGGACAGAGAAGGAGUUAGAGCAGCUAAGAGAAAAGUUGAUGACGGGCAGCUGAUCUCCCCCUCGCCUAUUUGGUCAUUAGCAACAUUGGAGACUUCUGGGGAGAGGAGAGAAGGAGUCAAAAUUCCUCAUAAUGAGAAAAAGCCUGAAGCCUUCCAUCCUCAUUGGUUUCAUCCUACACCUUCUCUGUUCACUAGCUGAAACUCUGGAGCAGGCAAAUAGAUGUGACAAGAAGACUCUGAUUACCACUAGAACUGAAUGCCAAUCUUGUAGUCUCAACCUUCACAUCAACUGUCCUGAUGGUUACACCAAAGUGACCAAUGGUUCCUCAGGAGUACGAGACUGCAGAUACUCCUUCAAGGUCAGGGAUUAUGCCCUGUCUCUACCUGGAUGCCGACAUAUAUGCAGGAAGGAAUAUGUGCAACCUUUGUGCUGCCCAGGAUUCUGGGGACCAGACUGCAUGGAAUGUCCUGGAGGAAAGAAGUCCCCUUGCAGUGGCAGGGGGCAUUGUUCUGAUGGCAUCGAAGGCAAUGGAAGCUGCAUUUGUUCAGAAGGAUUUGGUGGAACGGCCUGUGAAACCUGUGUAGAGGAGAAUUUAUUUGGACUCAACUGUACUUCAGUCUGCAACUGUGUCCAUGGCGUGUGCAACAGUGGACUAGAUGGGGAUGGAACGUGCCUUUGCUAUUCUGCCUACACGGGCCCCAACUGUGAUAAACCAAUCCCAGAGUGUGAAGCUUUGUUAUGCCCAGAAAAUUCCAGAUGUUCUACUUCCAGCAUGGAUGAAUCCAUAUUGGAAUGCAAGUGCAUUGCUAAUUACAAAGGAGAUGGCUGGCACUGUGAGCCCAUCAACCCAUGUUUGGAAAGAGUCUGUGACGUGAAUGCCCAUUGUACUUAUCUGGGACCAAACAGACAUCAAUGUACAUGUCAAGAUGGGUACAAAGGGGAUGGCCAAGUGUGUGUGCCUAUAGACCCUUGCCAAGAAGACUUUGGAGGCUGCCCCACUCAGUCUACAGUGUGCCAAUACGAUGGCCCUGGACAGUCUCACUGUGAGUGUAAAGAACAUUACCAGAGCUUUGUCCCAGGCCUGGGCUGCAGCCUGAUGGACCUUUGCGAAUCCAGAAAUCCAUGUCACAAAAAUGCCAACUGUAGCAUGAGGGGACCUGGCCAAACAGAGUGUACUUGCCAGAAAGGCUAUGUUGGGGAUGGAUCCAUGUGCUACGGGAACAUUAUGGAACAGCUGCAAAACCUAAACACAGAACCCAGAGGACAGUGGCAAGGAAAACUGACCUCCUUCAUUUCACUCCUGGACAAAGCCUAUGCCUGGCCUCUCAGUAACCUGGGACCUUUCACUGUGCUAGUACCAACAAACAAGGGCUUAAAAGGGACAAAUGUCAAGGAACUUUUGACGGAUAAAGAGAAUGCACAAUACUUUGUGAAACUCCAUAUCAUUGCUGGCCAGGUCGACACAGAAGGGUUGAACAGCACCGACACCUUUUAUACCUUAACUGGGAAGCUGGGGGAAAUAUUCAGUGGAGACAAGGACAAUCAACUUAGACUCAAACUCUCUGGAGGAAAAAAGAAAGGAAAGAUUGUACAAGGGAACAUAAUAGCCUCCAAUGGAAUUUUGCACAUUAUUGAUAAAGCAAUGGACAAGAUGGCACCUGUGUUUGAGAGCAACACAGAGCAAACCAUAAUGGCGAUGCUACAGCCAAGAUACAGCAAGUUCAGGUCCCUGUUGGAGGUAACAAAUGUGGGCCAUGCCUUAGAUGAAGAUGGUGUUGGUGGACCGUAUACCAUCUUUGUUCCCAGUAACGAAGCCUUGAACAGCAUGAAAGAUGGAGUUUUGGACUAUCUUCUCUCUGCAGAGGGGUCUCGAAAACUUCUGGAACUUGUCAGAUAUCAUAUUGUCCCAUUUACUCAGCUGGAGGUUGCCAACAUCAUUUCAAAACCCCAUAUCAGAACCAUGGCCAACCAGAUAAUACAGUUUAAUACAACGAGCAAUGGACAGAUCCUGGCCAAUGAGGUGGCAAUGGAAGAAGUUGAGGUGGCUGCCAAAAAUGGUCGAAUCUAUACCCUUGCAGGUGUUCUAAUCCCUCCCUCCAUUGUUCCAAUUCUUCCCCAUCGGUGUGAUGAGACACAGAGGGAGAUGAAGCUGGGCACAUGUGUGAGCUGCUCCAUGGUUUAUUGGAGUGUCUGUCCUGCCAACUCGGUACCCUUGAGCCUAUUUACAUCCAACUGUGUUUAUGGUCGCAAGAUAGGGAGCCAGAAAUUCCCUACCAAGGGCUGCGCCAGAUACUGUAACGCCACUGUAAAGAUACCCAAGUGCUGCAAAGGUUUCUACGGUCCAGACUGUAACCAGUGUCCAGGAGGUUUUUCCAAUCCAUGCUCCGGAAAUGGACAGUGUGCUGAUGGGCUCAGUGGCAAUGGAACUUGCAUUUGUGACAAUGGAUUCCAAGGAUCUCGCUGUCAAUUCUGCUCUGAUCCCAGGAAAUAUGGACCCCAAUGUGAAAAAAAAUGCUUGUGUGUUCAUGGAACGUGUGAUAAUCAAAUAGACAGUGAUGGAGCUUGCCUUCUUGGAACCUGUAAGGAUGGAUCAGCUGGACAGUUCUGUGAUAAGCAGACCACAGCAUGUGGCCCCUACGUCCAUUUCUGUCACAUUCAUGCCCGCUGUGAAUAUAGUAGCAGAACUGCCAGAUGUGUCUGCAAUCAAGGAUACGAGGGUGAUGGGACCAUUUGUACCGAAGUAGACCCCUGUGCAGGAAUCAUCCCAGGAGGCUGCAGUAUCAAUGCGGAAUGUGUUAAAACUGGUACAGGAACACACACAUGUGUAUGCCAACCUGGAUGGACUGGGGAUGGAAGAGACUGUUCAGCAAUUAACAACUGCUUGCUGCCCAACUUUGGAGGUUGCCAUGAUAAUGCAACCUGUUUGUAUGUAGGUCCUGGUCAGCAUAACUGUGAGUGUAAAGCAGGAUUCCGAGGCAAUGGGAUUGACUGCGAACCAAUAACAUCAUGUUUGGAACAAACCAAAAAAUGUCAUCCUCUGGCAACCUGCCAGUCCACUUCCUCUGGCCUCUGGAGCUGUGUCUGCCAGGACAGUUAUGAAGGAGAUGGAAUAAUGUGUUAUGGAAAUGUAGCUGUGGAACUGUCCCUUCUGUCUGAAGCUGCUCUGUUUAACCAAUGGGUAAAUGAGGCCUCCUCACAAGCUAUGCUCUCAGGUACCUCCAACCUUACAGUCCUGGUGCCUUCCCAACAAGCCAUUGAAAAUAUGGACCAAGCUGAAAAGACAUUUUGGCUGUCAAAAAACAACAUUCCAACCCUAAUCAAGUACCAUGCCCUGGUGGGCACCUAUAGAACCUCAGACCUCCAGAUCCUAUCCUCUUCAGACAUGCUUGCAACAUCUUUGCAAGGAAAUUUUCUUCAUUUAUCUAAAGUGAAUGGGAACAUCACCAUCGAAGGAGCUAACAUUGUGGACAGUGACAAUGCAGCCACCAAUGGUGUUAUCCAUAUCAUUGACAAGGUCCUGUUACCACAAAGAAGUAUGAGUGCCUCAUUACCCAACCUUCUCACUCGACUGGACCAGAUGCCUGACUAUUCCAUCUUCCGGGGCUACAUCAUUCAAUAUAGCCUGGCCAAUGCAAUUGAAGCUGCUGAUGCCUAUACAGUAUUUGCCCCAAAUAAUGAUGCCAUCACGAAUUACAUCAGGGAAAAAACGACCACCACACUAGAAGAGAACAUACUCCGGUAUCAUAUUAUUCUAGAAGAGAAACUCCUGAAGAAUGAUCUACACAAUGGCAUGCAUCGGGAGACCAUGCUGGGGGUUUCAUACCUCAUUGGCUUCUUUCUCCAAAAUGGUCAGCUCUAUGUAAAUGAGGCCCCAGUCAACUAUACUAAUGUGGCAACUGACAAAGGGGUUAUCCAUGGUUUGGGAAAAGUCCUGGAAAUCCAGAAGAACAGAUGUGAUAGCAACUACACUACCAUUUUAAGAGGAAGGUGUGAAUACUGUCUUAGAAAGCACUGCCCUCCUGGAACAAAACCUGUGGAAGAAGAGGCAAAAAAAUGCAUCUAUAUGACUUACUUCAUGGGAAAGAGAUCCAUGCAUAUUGGAUGCCAGACAAAAUGUAUCAAAACAGUGAUUACCAAAGAAUGUUGUGCUGGCUUCUUCGGGCCUCAGUGCCAGCUCUGUCCUGGCAAAGCUGGGAAUGCCUGCUUUGGGAAUGGCAUCUGCCUGGAUGGAGUGAACGGCACAGGAGUAUGCGAGUGUGAGGGAGGGUUCAGUGGGACAGCCUGUGAGACCUGCACGGAGGGCAAAUAUGGUUCUAACUGUGACCAAGUAUGUGGUUGUGUCCAUGGACAAUGCAGCCAGGGGCCCAGUGGCGAUGGGUCCUGUGAAUGUGACGUUGGCUGGAGAGGAGUGAAAUGUGACAGUGAGAUCAAGGAUGAUGACUGUAACAAAACUUGCCACACCAGUGCAAACUGUCUUCUCAGUUCCGACGGUACAGCUUACUGCAAGUGUGCAGCUGGUUUUCAAGGGAAUGGGACAGCCUGCACAGCAAUCGAUGCCUGUGAAACCAGCAAUGGGGGCUGCUCCGGCCAAGCGGACUGCAGGAGGACCACACCAGGAAAUCGAGUGUGUGUGUGCAAAGCAGGAUACACCGGAGAUGGCAUCGUGUGCCUAGAAAUUAACCCCUGUUUGGAAAACAAUGGAGGUUGCGACCAAAAUGCAGAAUGCACCCAGAUUGGACCCAACCAGGCUGUCUGCAAUUGUUUGCGAGGAUAUACAGGAGAUGGUAAAACAUGCACACUCAUCAACAUCUGCUUAACAAAAAAUGGUGGCUGUAGUGAGUUUGCUGUCUGCAAUCACACUGCAUUAGAUGAAAGAACCUGUACCUGCAAACCAGGCUACAAGGGGGAUGGAUUCAUCUGCCGGGGGCCCAUCUAUCUGGAACUUCCCAAAAAUGCUCAGACCACACCCUACUUCAUUCAUCUUCAGGAAAAUGCCAUUCGAGACCUGAUGGGCUCAGGUCCCUUCACAGUAUUUGUACCUUUUGGAGAAGCUUUUGAGAAUGCAUCCCAGGUAAAAGAGUGGACCACCCAGGGGGUCCUGCCACAGAUCCUUCGGUACCAUGUGGUCUCCUGCCACCAGUUGCUCUUAGAAAACCUCAAACUGAGUCCAAGUAUUACUUCACUCCAGGGAGAAGCUCUCCAGAUCACUGUGUCCCAGGAUACAGUGUAUUUAAAUGGCAAGGCUAAGAUAGUCUCCAGUGAUACCAUCUGUAGCAAUGGGGUGAUCCAUAUCAUAGACCAACUACUGGUUCCAAAAAAAUUACAAGCUAUCCACAAAGAUGCUUCUGGGAAUAACAUGGAGAAUCUCACCUCGGUGGCAAUUCACCAGGGAUAUUUGAGGUUCAGCAGUAUGCUCCAGGAUGCUGGUUUACUAAGUUUCAUCAAUGACCCCAUCCAUAAACCUGUAACUCUGUUCUGGCCCACUGACAAAGCUUUGGAGGCCCUUCCCCAGGAACAACAGGAUUUCCUGUUCAGCAAAGACAACAAGGACAAACUAAAAGAUUACCUCAAGUUCCACAUCAUCAGAGAUUCCAAGAUAUUGGCAGUGGACUUGCCCGGUGUUGCAUCCCGGAAGACCCUACAAGGUUCUGAACUCAGUGUGAAAUGUGGUGAUGACAACAUUGGUGACCUCCUUCUGAAUGAUCAAAAGUGCCGGAUUGUACAGCGACAGCUUGAGUUUGAUAGUGGCAUCGCUUAUGGGAUUGACUGCAUGUUGAUUAACCCCAGCUUUGGGGGCCGCUGUGACAGCUUCAUUACUUUCAAUGUCUCGGGAGACUGCGGUAGCUGUUACAAUAUUCCUCGCUGCCCAACGUGGAGUAAGCCAAAGGGAGUGAAGCAAAAGUGUUUUUACCACCUGCCCUUCAGGAGGAACCUGGAAGGCUGCCAGCAGAAGUGUACAAUGAUUAUGAGGCUGCCCAAGUGCUGCAAGGGCUACUUUGGGAGAGAUUGUCAAGCCUGUCCCGGAGGCCCCAGGACCCCAUGUAAUAACCGAGGUAUCUGUACCGAUGAAUACUUUGGGGCUGGAGAGUGUAAAUGCAACACUGGGUUCAAUGGAACUGCCUGUGAACUGUGUUGGCCUGGAAGAUAUGGACCAGACUGCAAACCCUGUGAUUGCUCAGAACAUGGAUCGUGCGAUGAUGGGAUCACUGGCUCUGGCGACUGCUUCUGUGAAACAGGCUGGACGGGUCGAUUCUGUGACUCUCAGUUAGCUUUGGCCCCUGUGUGCACCCCUCCGUGUUCCAAGUAUGCUACCUGUAAAGAGAACAACACAUGUGAAUGUAACCUGCACUACGAAGGGGAUGGGAUCACAUGUACAGUUGUGGAUUUCUGCAAGCAGAACAACGGAGGCUGCUCAAAGGUUGCCAAAUGUUCCCAGACAGGCACAAAGGUGACCUGCAGCUGCCAAAAAGGCUACAAGGGAGACGGGCACAUCUGCAAUGCUGUGGACCCCUGUGCAGAUGGGCUCAAUGGAGGGUGUCAUGAGCAUGCAGUUUGUACCAUGACGGGUCCGGGCAAGCACAGGUGUGAAUGCAAAAGCCACUAUGUGGGUGAUGGGUUGGACUGUGUGGUGGAGCAGCUCCCCAUUGACCGAUGCUUGCAAGAUAAUGGACAGUGCCAUGCAGAUGCCAACUGUGCAGAUCUCCACUUCCAGGAUGCCACCAUUGGAGUCUUUCACUUACGUUCUCCCCGAGGCCAGUACAAGUUGUCUUUUGAUGAAGCCAAAGAAAUGUGCACCAAGGAAGAAGCCACUGUGGCCACCUACAUUCAGCUCUCCUAUGCCCAGAAGGCCAAGUACCAUCUCUGUUCAGCAGGCUGGCUCAAUGAUGGGAGAGUGGCCUAUCCCACUGCUUAUUCCUCCCAGAACUGUGGCUCUGGCUUUGUUGGCAUCGUGGACUAUGGACCAAGACCCAACAAGAGCGAGCUAUGGGAUGUCUUCUGUUAUCGCGUGAAGGAUGUGAAUUGUACGUGCAAGGUGGGCUACGUGGGAGACGGCUUUGCUUGUAGUGGCAACCUCUUGCAGGUUCUGAUGUCCUUCCCUUCCCUGGCAAAUUUCCUGUCGGAAGUCCUGGUAUAUUCCAAUAGCUCGUCCAGAGGCAAAGCAUUCCUGAAACACCUGACUGACCUGUCAAUCCAAGGUACCCUCUUUGUACCCAACAAUGAUGGACUCUGGGAAAAUAAGACCCUCUCUGGAAGAGACAUCGAACACCAUCUCUCCAAUUCCAGUACUUUAUUUUAUGAAGAUUUGGCCAAUGGUACCACCCUCCAGACCAGGCUAGGGGGCCAGCUGCUCAUUACCUAUGGGCAGGACAUACAUCAUACAAAUGAAACCAGACUUGUUGAUGGACAAGUGAUCCUCCAGUGGGAUAUUAUUGCUUCCAAUGGAAUAAUCCACAUAAUUUCAGGGCCUUUGAAAGCACCUCCGGUACCAAAUGUUUCAGCUCAUGCUGGCUUGGGAGCAGGAGUAUUCUUCACCAUUAUUCUGGUCAUCGGGGCCAUCGCAUUAGCUGUGUAUUCUUACUUCAGGAUAAAUCGGAGGACAAUUGGCUUCCAGCAUUUUGAGCCAGAAGAGGACAUAGAUGUCACAUCCCUCGGCAAACAGCCUUCCUCAAAUAUCUCCAAUCCUAUGUAUGAGAGCGCGACCACCCCACCGCCUCCAGAACCUGCCUACGACCCCUUUGCGGACUCGGAUGAACAGCAGCUUGUCACUAGCAGUCCCCAAGAACUUUAAGGUGACCAGGAGCUGCAGGAGCCAGCUGUGAAGUCUCCUCUUGGGGGGUUACAGAGGAGCCCCAACCAGCCACUGUCAACUGUGAAUACGUAGGGGUGCCAAGUUUCAGCAAUGUGGACGUGCGAUACACACUCCAAUGUAAUACCUCAUUACUCUGCCUGUGCUGGGGAGGGGCAAGAAGGGGGGGGGGGGGGGGAACAACAACAAAAAAAAAACCAUGAAUUUCCUCCUACAUUACAUCCCAGUCCAAUGGGGCAAUGAGUAUUUUCCCUAACCUUGACAUCUGCAAAGGCUAUCAGCCUUGCCUGAUAGAAGAGCUGACAUUAACAGCUCUUUAAGGAUUACAAAGUGCUUUACCCAUAUUUUCUCAUUUUAUCUUCAAAAUGACCUGGGGGGUAGGUGCUAUUAUCAUCCCCAUUUUAUAGAUGAAGAAACUGAAUUAGAGGUUAACUAACAUGCCCAGGAUCACAAGAUUAGUGUGUGUCUGAGGCUACAUUUGAACUCAGGUUUUCCUCCUUGUCUCUACCUUUCAGAAACCCUCUCUUCCUUCAAGGAUUAGCUCAAGCCUCCCUAACAAGGCCCUCCUCUUUCUCUCCCUCCUCAAGUUUUCCUAGAUCAUUUUGUCUGGAUCACUUAUUCACCCCCUCCUCUGUUUCAUACUUAUCAGUGUACAUGCUGUAUUUCCUCUCUUGCCUCAAUUAGAAUGUAAGCUCCUUGAGGGCAGGAACUGUAAUUUUUUUUAAUUCUUUGCACAUGGUAUGCACUUAAAUGUUUUUUGAAUUAAAUGAAUGCAAAAUAA